AUGACGGACAUUCCCCGCUCACUACAGCCCAAAUUUUAUCUGGCGAUUUGCGAGCAACACGCAACCACCCUCGCACCUUCAGACAAGUACGAUGAUGUCGCACAACCUCAGCCUUUUUGCUCCUCCUCCGUGCAGCGUGCGACCGACGAGAUGCAGUCUGACGUCAUCCAACCCUCUCAAACCAGUCGCCCGCAUCCCGUGCAUAAGACGAUAGCCAGAAGCUUUGUGGAACCGUCGCACUCGACCGUGGAACCCUUUUGCGCACAACCAUGGACCAUAGCACGCGGCCUUAAGCUUGUCGAUGAUGUCACUUUUUAG